CUUCCCUCCAGAAUGCCAAAGAGGAGACGCUGACCACCAACGUCUGGAUCACUCAGGAAUGGGUGGACUAUCGGUUGAACUUCAGCGACAUGGAGUACAACAAUUAUUUGCGGGUCCCCGCGGAGCAGGUGUGGCUGCCGGACAUCGUCCUGGAGAACAACAUCGACGGCAACUUCAAGGAGGCCUAUUCUUGCAACGUCCUCAUCGGCCCCGGGGGCUCCGUGACCUGGCUGCCGCCAGCCAUCUUCCGCAGCUUCUGCCCCAUGGAGGUCACCUUUUUCCCUUUCGACUGGCAGAACUGCUCCCUCGUCUUCCGGUCCCAAACCCACAACAUCCGGGAGAUGGAACUCUACUACGGCAUCGACGACAACACCAAAAAGCUGGCAGACUACAUCAUCAUCGACAAGGAGGCCUUCACAGAGAACGGGGAGUGGGCCAUCCAACGGCCCCCGGCCCGCAUUGUCCUGGCCGCCACGGAUGGGCUGGAGGCGCCGGGCUUCUCCGAGAUCCACUACUUCCUCAUCAUCCAGCGUAAGCCCCUCUUCUACGUCAUCAACAUCAUCGUGCCCUGCGUGCUCAUUUCCUCCUUGGUCGUCCUGGUCUACUUCCUGCCUGCCCAGGCCGGUGGCCAGAAGUGUACGGUCAGCAUCUCGGUCCUCCUGGCCCAGACCGUCUUCCUCUUCCUGAUUGCCCAGAAGGUGCCCGCUACGUCCCUCGCCGUCCCGCUCAUCGGCAAGUACCUGCUCUUCGUCAUGACGGUGGCCACCUUGAUCGUCACCAACUGCGUCGUGGUGCUCAACGUCUCCCUGCGCAGCCCCAGCACCCACCGCCUCUCCCCCAGUCUCAAGCAUCUCUUCCUCAAGAUCCUCCCGCACUACCUGGGCUCCACCAUCCGCCCUGCCGACGAGGAGCCCCCAGGAGCCCCCUCCCCUCGCCGUUCCUUCUCCCUCUUGGUCAAGGCCGAG